AUGAGCUCCCCCGGGGAUACUGACAUGACGACGAACGAUUCGAACCAGCUGUUACAGUCGCUACUACAGAGACUUGAAGACAUGAGCACUAGGAUGGAGAGGCUGGAAGCACCAUCGCACGAGCUACCUCAAACGCCUGGUCACAAUACAGACGCCACCACUGAUCCAACGCCAACCUCCGAGACUUCGAACACAUCUGUGCCUAUAACCCCAAAGCCGCGGCACAGCUUACCCCACCCGCCUACGUUUGGUGGAAACAAAUCACAAUGGCGAGGAUGGAAGCUAGAGAUGGAGGGCAAGAUCGAGAGACGCGCAAGCUAUUGA